CUUUGCAGCAGGUCCUGUUCUGGAUCGGUUUACGCUUCCACACGCAUCCUGGAAUUCAUCGGAAGCGUUUGAGCAGCCGCUCAGGGUCCCCCAAAUGACACGAGGUCGACCCACACCCAUGAUCUCCACCUGAGCCAGAGGAGCCCCCUCCUCUUCGCUGACACCUUCCCUUGUGCUGCUGGAUUAACUUUGACGUUCAUAUUUCAGGAGACCGUCCUACAUGAUGCUUUGGGCGUUUGGACUCGCUCUGCUGCUCGCCGUCGCUCCGCAGGCUGCCGUGAUUAAAGAGGGCGAUGGAAGGAUGGACUCGGGGGUGAAGAUGGAGGCCGUUGGCCCGGCGGGACUGGCGCAGCUGCUAAAGAUGCCCGCCCUCACCAAAAGUUCAGGUUUUAAACCAGAGCUACGCCGAUCCAAGAGGUCGGUGUUUUUACACUCCGGAGUGAGAAUCUGCCCCCAGGAGACCAUCAGUGAAGUGAUCGCAAGCCACCAGGCGUACUACCAGCUCAGAGUUUGUCAGGAGGCGGUGUGGGAGGCGUUCAGGAUCUUCUUCGACAGGAUUCCGGGGACGGCCGAGUACCAGCGAUGGGUUCACACGUGUCAGCACGAGUCGCUCUGCAUCUCUGACCUCGCCAAAAACUUCAGCGACUCGGAGGAGCACGUGAGCAUGAUUCAGCGGAGGAUGGACCGGCUGAGAGACAGGAGGCCUUCAUCACGGGGAGCGACGACUCCUGCACCAACGCAGAAGCUCCUGGAGAUCACAGGUCCUGAGGCUCAGACCGAUCCCCCGUCAGCGCCCCCAGUGCUCGUCACCAGCACCACUGUCUUCUUCAGUUCCACGAGUGCCUCUCCAAGCUCCGCCCCUGAAACGAGCCACCCUGCCAAGGAGCUCAAAGAGGACCCGGAGCUUCCAAACGUCGUCCCAGAUAGUCCGGUGGAGCAGAUCGUGGAGUUCAGUAUCGACCUGGUGGAUCCGGGUUACAGAGAGCUGCUGGAUGACCCGGAUUCCCCUCAGUACAUCGACCUGGCACAACACCUGCAGGACCAGAUGCAGCAUGUCUUUGAUAAACUUCCUGGAUUUAGAUCCAUCCAUGUGCUGGGUAUCAGCGAGACCCAGGACACUGACGGGCCUGGAGGAAUCUCGGUGCACUACUCUCUGGUCUUUGAGGUCAGUUCCCCUCAAAUCACCUCUGAGAUUUCAGAGAAUGCGACUGACACACCCAAGUCUUCCUCAGCCAACUCUGCACUCAGGGAAAUGGUGACCAAGGCUCUGCGUGAGGAGGCGUCCCUUCCAGUCGACCUGGAUUCAAUUAACUUUGAACCAGAAAAGAUCCUCCUACCAGCAUUGAGAGCCACCGCUUCAGUUGGAGUAAUGAAUCAGUCCAGCGAGCCUGAUUCACACAACGAGUUGGAAAUUUCCACUGUGGAGCCAGAGUUUGACAAACUCUGGCCGGCAGUUUCCCUCACCCCCAUGGAGAAGGAAAAUGCCCUGGAGAUCCUGCUUGACCCAACAGCAGUCCCAGAUGAUGAUGCGACAGCAGUGACCAGUGGGGUGGCAGAGGGCAGCGAUCAACUCCCAGGCUCGGAGGACGUUACUGAUGAGUCGAUUUAUGUGAGUGAACCCGGGCCAGUAAAGGAAGAGGGGAAGGGAGAAGAAUUGCUGAUCAUUACACAUGAGAUUGAAACCAUUCAUCAUGAUGAAACCGGUAAACUUGUGCGAGACUACAUUCCCACCCCUCCUGCACUUCUUGAGCUGGAGACAGAUGCUCCCUACGUCAGUUUGUCUCCUAACCUGAUACCAGAGGGAGACCUGAGUCCUGUUGGUGACGACAGAGAAGGUCCUAGAUUGGACACUGUUCAGAUUACCCCAACCGCUAAUAUUAUAUUCACUACAAUUCCGGCUGCAAAGGAGGCGCCUGAUGUUAGACUCCCCAUCACAACAGUCUCCGCCAUAACAGACCAGCCACCCACAAAGCCAACAGUGAUACUUCAUGAAGACGAAGAAGAAAAUGCUCUUCCAGAGGAAGAAGAGGAGGUAUAUUUGGGUGUCUCUAAAACCCACGAUGCUGGUGAUAUUUCAGAAACAAAGGAUGUUUCAGAGUUGGAAAAUGAAAAGGGCCUGCUCAAACCAGAAAGUGGCUUGGCAGUUGAACCUGAUGAAGAAUCGCUCAAAGUUUUGCAGGCAACUGUUGAAGUUUCAGAGACAGUUGAAGGAAUAUCUGAAGUUUCAGAGUCAGCCAAAGAAGUAUCUGAUGUUUCAGAGACAGUCAAAGAAUCAUCUGAAGUUUCAGAGCCAGUCAAAGAAUCAUCUGAAGUUUCAGAGACAGUCAAAGAAGUAUCUGAAGUUUCAGAGUCAGCCAAAGAAGUAUCUGAUGUUUCAGAGACAGUCAAAGAAUCAUCUGAAGUUUCAGAGCCAGUCAAAGAAUCAUCUGAAGUUUCAGAGCCAGUCAAAGAAGUAUCUGAAGUUUCAGAGACAGUCAAAGAAGUAUCUGAAGUUUCAGAGACAGUCAAAGAAUCAGCUGAUGUGUUUAAACUAAAAGAAGUAGUAGCUGAAAUUUCCAAGGUAGAUGAACUUCAAGAACCUGACAAACUAGGAGCAACUGUUGCAGACCCUGAUGAAAAAGUAGCUGAAGUAUCAGUUGAAAAAGAAGUACAUGGGGUUUCUGAACCAGAAAAAGAAGUGCCUGAAGUUUUAGAGCCAGACCAAGAAGUAGCUGAGGUUUCGAAACCACACAGAGAAGUGCCUGAAGUUUCAAAUUUAGAAAAAGAAGUAUAUGAGGUUUUUGAAAGGGAUAAUGAAGUGCCUGAAGUUUCAGAGCCAGUAAAAGAGGUAACUGUAGUCUCAGAGCUAGGUCAUGAAGUAGCCGAGGCCUCAAAACCAAAUCAAGAAGUAUCUGGGCCUUUGGAGCCAGAUCAAGAAGUACUUGCGCCUUCAAAGCCAGGUCAAGAAAUACCUGCGCCUUCAGAGCCAGGUCAAGAAGUACCUGCGCCUUCUGAGCCAGGUCACGAAAUACCUGCGCCUUCUGAGCCAGGUCAAGAAGUACCUGCGCCUUCUGAGCCAGGUCAAGAAGUACCUGCGCCUUCAGAGCCAGGUCAAGAAAUACCUGCGCCUUCAGAGCCAGGUCAAGAAGUACCUGCACUUUCGGAGCCAGGUCAAGAAGUACCUGCACCUUCAGAGCCAGGUCAAGAAAUACCUGCGCCUUCAGAGCCAGGUCAAGAAAUACCUGCACUUUCGGAGCCAGGUCAAGAAAUACCUGCGCCUUCUGAGCCAGGUCAAGAAAUACCUGCGCCCUCUGAGCCAGUUCAAGAAGUACCUGCGCCUUCAGAGCCAGUUCAAGAAGUACCUGCACUUUCGGAGCCAGGUCAAGAAGUACCUGCGCCUUCAGAGCCAGUUCAAGAAGUACCUGCGCCUUCAGAGCCAGGUCAAGAAGUACCUGAAGUUUCUGAAGUAGAUAAUGAAGUGCCUGAAGUUUCAGAGCCAGCUGAAACCUCAGAGCCAGGUCACAAAGUAGCUGAAAAUGCAAAACCAGACACAAAAGUGCCUGUAGACUCAGAGCCAGGGGAAGAGUUUAUAGUAGAAUCUCAAGAAGUUGCUGUUUCAGAGCCAGAAAAAGUAAUUACAGAAGUAAUUACUACUCUAGGUAUUGAAGAGAAGGACCUUGAAUUUUCAGAGCCCAAGGCAGAAGCAGAAGAAAGCACCGUCAAAGAUCUGACAGAAGAAGCACUGCAUGAACAGCCCAGUGUUUUACAACCAGAAGAGGAAAAAGCAAAAAUUACAGAAGAGAUUAAAAAAAUGGACGAAAAUGUAAUUCCAAAUUUGCAGCCUGAGCCAAAUGUGGGGGGUGUUAAAGAACCAGAGGAAGAGUCACAACUCACAGGUGUAGAAGAUGUUUCAGAACCAAAAGGAGAGGUGGUUGAUGCCACAGGAUCAGAAAAACUAGUGCCAGAGGCCUCUGAACCUGAAGCAAAAGUAAUUCAGGAAAAGCCAGCAGAUGUGAAACCAGCAGAAGAAGAGGUUUCUGAGGGUCCAGCACGAGAUGAUAAAGAUGUCGAAAGAAAGGAGGAAGAGGUUUUGCGGGUAGAAAAAGUUAAAUCUCCAGCAGAAGAAACUGCAGAACCAGAAACUGCACCGACAAGGGAAACCCAAGUGCCCAAAGUAACAGAAAUGGCACCUGUGGAAGUUGGGACUGCAGAAUCAGAAAAGGAGCAAGAAGAAGUACCAGAACCGACUGAGUCGGUGGUAGAGAUGAAAAAGGUACCAUACGAACCAUUACCUGGGAAAGAAUCAGAAGUACUGGAUGUAACUGAGGUCCCACUACCACAAUCUGAAGAAGUCGUGGAACAAGUGAAGGUUGCUGAAAGCCCAAAACCAAAAGAAGCUUCUCAACCGGUCAAAGGCAAAGCUGACAGUUUACCACCAGAGGAAAAGCUACCAGAAGUCUCAGAGCCAGAAUCUAAAGAAGAGGUAAUAGAGGAAGUCCAACAAUCAGAAGGGGAGCAUCUUCAUGGCCUAGAAUCGGAUCCAGGUGAGGGGGUAGUAGAGAUGUUAGAACCAGAACCUAAAAUAGAUGCCACUGAGCCACCUGCCGAAUCAAUUAAAAUCCUGCCCUCCUUGGAUGGUGUGGACAACCUUCCUUUUGGAGAGGAUGCUGUUCAGGUCAUUGAAGAUAAAAACCUCCUGUAUCCUGUCAGAACUGACUAUCAUCACCCAGCAGAGGAGCAUAAUUUACCCGUCAUACCAGUCCAGCCUUCCAGCGAAGAUGUAGGCGAACCUGACCAUGACUAUCCCAUCAUUGAUCAUUUUUACAACGAGGAGGAUGUAGAGAGUGUAGACGUUCAGGUGGAGCAUGAAGUCAAUUCCACCACAAUGACAGAAACGACAAAAGGCAAUUCACACUUGGAGACGAUCUCUCAUAUCACAGUGGCAGCUGCAGACACAACAGGCACAUCAGAAGCCACUAAAGAGUUGCCAGAGGAGACACAAAAAAGUAAUUUAUCCCCAGAAACAGACAUCAGUGUGACAGCACCACCAGCUUCAGACUCACUGCCUACACCUCCGGCAGCUUCUGUCGAUGUUUCUGAAGUGUUUUUACCCGUCCCAACAAUUGACUCUGGACUCUUUGAGGUAGCAGAGGAAUCUGAAGUCCCCAUUGUUACUGAGUCUCCUGAGGGUGAUAGCGCUGAGCCGGAGGUGGAGUCAGAGCAAAGCGAGCCAGCUGUCGUCAUUAUUGAUGAAGACUUGGGAGGCUACAUAAAAAAAGAAGGCGGAAGCCCCACCACCCCGCCGGAUGCUACCGAAGACAUGGUGGAAGAAGCUGUGCAGGACCUGGCUGUGGAGCUGGAUCAAACCAGCGUGGUGGCCACAGACCCAAAUGAGCUCCUGGAAAAGGGAGAAGAGGGGAGCGGCUUCCUGUCUGUGCAGGAGGAACACAGGACCAUUGUCACCACGGCCACACCUCCACUGAGAUACCUAACCACUCCCACCAUGACCACGGCCAGCCACGGCCGGGAGCUGGUGGUGUUCUUCAGCCUGCGCGUCACCAACAUGGACUUCUCUGAGGACCUCUUCAACAAGACUUCACCUGAGUACAGGUCCCUGGAGAACACCUUCUUAGACGUGCUGCUGCCGUUCCUGCAGGCCAACCUGACGGGCUUCAAGAAACUGGAGAUCCUCAACUUCAGGAAGGGCAGCGUGGUCGUCAACAGCAAGAUGAAGUUCACCAAGUCAGUGCCGUACAACAUCACCGAGGCGGUCCACUGCAUCCUGGAGGAGUUUUGCACCGCUGCCGCCAAGAAGCUGCACAUCCAGAUUGACACCCACUCUCUGGACAUCGAACCAGCUGAUCAGGCCGAUCCCUGCAAGUUCCAGGCCUGCGGUGAGUUUUCUCGCUGCGUGGUGAACGCCUGGACGAAGGAGGCGGAGUGUCAGUGCCAGUUGGGCUUCGUGUCAGUGGACGGUCUGCCCUGCCAGAGCCUGUGUGUCCUCCAGCCGAACUACUGCCAAGGAGGAGAGUGCCGCAUAGUUCCCGGAUACGGAGCCGUGUGCAGACACAAAGACGGCUAUUCCCUCCCAGCCCUUUCCAGUUAAGAGAAUAUAAAGGAUCGGACGGCACAUGAGAACACCACCACAGGAACUCGGACUCAUCGCGGCCUCAUUCAGUCACUCGGUUUAAAUUCAAGUUGAUGCAGAGCUGAGGAGGUUUCAGGACAAACCGCUGGCUUCUACACUCCCCAGCGCUCUGAGCUUCAUACCAGAGGACAACCAGCCAUCGGGGAAAACAAACGUUUAGGCCAUUUUAAAAAUGUCAGAAAGCUGUCGUCUGCAGCUGACGAUGAAGAGGAGCUCAGGGGACGACCACAGCAUCGAUCGGGUUGAUAUCGAUUGACCCUGGACUGCUUUUAUAUAUGUCUGCUGACUCUAUAUGUCUGUAGGCUGUGUGUCACAUGAUUAGGAAGUAAUCUGAUGGUUCCCCCAGAUGUUAAUGCAAUUUACAAAAAAAAAAAAAGGUCUCCAGUGGUGGGUAGCAAUUUGUUUCAUACCAGCAUAAUUUUAUGAUGUUCAGAUAAUAUUUUCUAGAUAAAUAAUAGAGAUGUUCUUUAACUUCCUAUUGUACACCUGAACCUUAUAUAUCGAGUGAAGAUGCAGUAGUGAUAAAAAAAAAGUUAUUACUUUUCUAUCAAGUUUGAUUCAAAGGACAUUUGGAUGCUUAAUGAGGUUAAAAUAUCCAGUAUUUAUUCUUUCUCUCAUCCCUUAUUAGAUUUAUUAUGCCCCAUAUUUAAUUUUUGUAAUGUUUUAUGGUCUCGUCUUAAUCCCAAGGUUGGGAAUCUAGAGCUUUAAACUAUGGCUAGCUGCAGUGCAGUGCUGAGCUAAUGCUGAUUGCUCAAGACGCCGCGUUAGUAAAACGUGUAUGCAUUGGCCAACCUUGAUGUUAACACCUGGAUCCUUUAAGAUGUAGCCACAGGGUUUUUCUUGGAUGUUACUGCAGAAAUUAAGCUGUGGGAAUACUUCCAUGUUUUUUUGCAAGAUGAUUUACACUUUAAUGAAACACUAACAAACUGUUGACAAACUGUUGUAAAAUUACGGAGUUCCUGUAUUUGCUGUGAAAAUGUUGAGGAUUACCAUCACACCUUCUCUGCCACAUGUAGUGGCUUCAAAAUCCAGGAGUUUGGGUGAUUACAGAAUAGUUGUAUCUAUUUUAUGAUGUAGAACAAAACAUGAAAUCAGGUGACCCAUCAAUGGUUAAGGUUUGAUUUUGCUUCAGCCUUGUUAAAUAAGCAGAUCGUUUAGAAAUGAAAAGCUAUUAUCUUUCAAAUGUGUUGUCACAAACUGAACAUUACACUCACUGUGUGCUAGCUGCUAGUAUUAAACAUUAAAUCUACAGUUACAACAAAACCUAAAUAAAAAUCCACCCACUUCCUUGACCUAACCCCGAACCCUUCUAUAACAAAACCACAGUUAACCAAAGACAUUUUUUCAGGCGUCAAAAAAUAAACCUUUAACAAGACCCAAAGAGUUUUUCAUGUAACACUAUGUAUGUGAUUGUGUUUUCGGCAUGGUAGUCAUAAAUCAAACACAGUACUUAGUGUUUGUUUCUUGUUUGCAGUUUUUGGUUGUGACUGUAAUGCUAACUGCUAAAAUUUAAAACUUUUUAGUCUUCUAAUAAUACAUUUAACAGUGACAGAAACAAUUCAACACAGCUAAACAUAAAACAAUACCACAAGCCAUUUAGCAUAAAGGCCCAAUAAAAAUAUGGUGCUUUUAGCUAGUUAACAACUUUUGCAUGAGUUUGUGGUUCUGUCUUUUUUGCUACCUAGCUAACAUGGCGACUACUUAAAAGUAUUGAGCAUUCUCAACAUUUGGACUGUUUUAAUUUCACUAUCCCUAUUAUGAUACUGACCACUACUGUUACUAUGGUCGCUGACAACAAUUUGACAGCAAAAGUGUAAAGUACACAAUUUGAGAUGCAGUGCAGUUGUCUACAGCUACAAUAACUGAUCAAAGGUGGCACCAUUAGUGGGUGGCUGAAUGCUAACAUAGUGCCCGCUUUAUUGAAUACGUUUCUAACAUUUGCAUGCUAGCAUACUAACAUUUUACAGCAGAGCUGGGAGAGAAUUAAUUUGAUCAGGUGGUGGCGCUAGAGGAACUGUCAGAGGAUAACCAACGUUUUUAUUGUUCAUCCAUGAUAGUACAUAUAGCUCUCAAAGUUCUAAAUAUAUGCAACAUGGAUUCAUGGAUUUAUCCUUUGUGUACAUGCAUUAACUAUCCUUAAUGUAAUAUUAGCUCUUACAUGCUCUGACAGACACCGUGAACUAGAAACGUUUACCGUGUAACUCUUGGUGUUAUCUAAUUGUUCCCUACAUUGUUUGUGAUAUUUCUGUAAUUUUUAUUUACAUUCUGCUGCUAUUACACAGGAAGUCAAGCAAUACGCAAAACCCCCCUAAAGUUCAUUGAGGGGAUUAAUUUGAACUCAAGUACCGCAUACCAUCAAAGGUGCGACUUGCACACCUGUGAAAUGUACAUUUGAGUCAGUUUAGAGGCUUAGAAGUGGAUGUAGUUGCCAUAAACUUAAACUGCACUGCAAAGAGUUAGUAAAUUGAGCUAGCUGAAAACCAUGUUGCAGCAACAAAGCUAGUAAUAUAUCCUUUGGAUUAGGAUUAUUUGUCAUUGUUUGGUUAGAAAGCAUGGAUGAACUUUUAGUUAUUAGACAGUUAAACAGGACGCCAGUUAUAAACUUUCUCUUGCGUGAUGCAUUUACAUAUGUUAGUCUAUAUUAUGGUGCAAAUUUGCACCAACAUGAACUGGUAGUGGUCAGUUUACGUGAGUUAAACUGUCAAAUCUGAUGUUGUUUCAGGGCAGCUGGAGCUAUACAGUUCAAAUUCACUUUUACACAGAGACGAGAAAAAAAAGUUAAGAGCUUGGAGUAAAUGAAGUUGUCAUAGACUUUCCUUUGCAAAAAAAAAAAAAAAAAAAAAAAGGUGAACAGUCAGCAGUGUUAAUGUUUGUCUGAAAACAAGUAAACCCUAGGACACAGCAAUUUGUCCACGCUAGCACGUAAGCUAAUAUUAUGUAGAGAAAAAAAAAAAAACGGAAUUCUGAUUGACAUCAACAAAAUGUAUAUAAUUUAUAUGUAAGUGCUUAUUACACUGGGCACAGGAAAACAAAUAUUUUGGAAAUCUGUCAGAAAUAUUUGCUUAAAACUAAAAAUUAUAUGGUUUAUUAGUCAAACUGAAAACUAAUGUGGUUUUGCCCAAAUGUAAGCCGCCAUGCAGUUCUAUUCUGAAAAGCCAGAAAUGAAUCAAACAGAACGUUCAGUUCGUCAUUCUGCUCAGGAAUGCAAGUAAAUAACUGUAAUUUGGCAUUUUAAAGAACAAAUUAUUUGCAUUUUUUUGGUUAAAAAAAUGCAUGGAUAACAAUAAUUAACAAUAACAAUAAGCAUCCCAAUGCAACGGUAUUCAUGUUUGAUGUGAACACACCAUAAAACUGGUGAGCGGGCCCUGUAAAUCUCUUCCUGCUGAGGGGCUCGGGACACAUUUUUCAUUGUGUUAGAAACUGAAAAAAAAAAA